AUGUGGCUUUUAAUUGUGUCAAGCUUGGCCCAGGGUCUAAUAAGUUCAGAAGUAUUCGGGCAAAGAAGCAAUGUUGAUCCAGAAGCAACCAUGAAUAUUAGUGAAAUUAUUUCCUUCAGAGGAUAUCCCAGUGAGGAAUAUGAAGUAGUGACAGAUGAUGGCUAUAUCCUCAGCGUUAACAGAAUACCUCAUGGGAAAGGCGUUCAGUGGAACAAAGAUCCUAAACCAGUGGUCUUUCUACAGCAUGGUGCGAUCACAGCUGCCAGUAUCUGGGUGUUAAAUUUUGACUACAACAGCCUGGGCUUUAUGCUGGCUGAUGCUGGCUAUGAUGUUUGGUUAGGAAACAGCAGAGGUAAUACUUGGUCUCAAAAGCACAUAAACUAUACAGUGAAGCAAGUAGAAUUCUGGAUCUUCAGUUUUGAUGAAAUGGCUAAAUAUGACCUCCCAGCUUCAGUAAAUUUUAUCCUGGACAAAACUGGACAGGAGCAUAUAUACUAUGUUGGCUUUUCUGAGGGCGUCACAACAGCCUUCAUUGCAUUUUCAACCAUGCCACAACUAGCUAAGAAGAUCAAAAUGUUAUUUGGAUUAGGGCCAAUUGCCACAAUGAAGUUUUCAUACGGCCCCCUGACUGUGCUUGGAAAGAUUCCUGAGGUCCUGCUUAAGGUAAUAUUUGGAGAAAAGAAGUUUUUGCCCUAUAUUGCAGUUAUAAGGUGCCUUCUUUCCCACCUUUGUGACCACAACUUCCUUGAUACGCUUUGUGGAAAUGUCAUCUUUUUAUUUACUGGGUGUAAUGAAAGAAAUCUAAACUUUAGUCGAAUGAAUGUAUAUACAGCACAUACUCCUGCUGACACAUCUGUCCAGAAUGUGCUUCAUUGGAGUCAGAUGUUUAGGUAUGGGAACUUCAGAGCUUUUGACUGGGGAAGCAAGGUGAAAAACAUGGCUCACUAUAACCAGUCAACACCGCCUUACUACAAAAUAGAAGAAAUGCAUGUGCCAACGAGUUUGUGGUCCGGUGGCCGUGACCAGAUUGCAGACCCCAAAGAUGUCGCCCUGUUGCUGACUCAGAUUCCAAACCUGGUUUACUACAAGCACAUUCCUGAUUGGGGACAUGUGGAUUUCAUCUGGGGCCUUGAUGCCCCACAGCGCUUGUACGAAGAGAUAAUUCAGCUGAUACAGAAGAAUCCAUAG